AUGUUUGGAACGAAAAACGAAGGGCAUGAGCGGCUCAAGAAACACGCUCAAUCGUUCACCACCAUCAUGGAUGACUUGAUAGCUAACUUGGACAAUCCAACGGCCACGGUUGCUCCAUUACGAGAAGCGGGCGAGAAGCAUGUCUUUCCUACCAGGGACCAAUGUAAGCCAUUAAAAAAGUUCAAUUCAAGCAACUGGAUUUACAAAGCGAUUUUUACAAUCUUAUAG